AUGUCGGGCUCGAUGUUCUUACGAGCGGGUAGAUCUGCUCUAAAUAUUUUACGUCCAAAACCUUUUGGACUGCAUCAUACAUCUUUAACGAAAUUACGUGCCUCUGGUGCUAUUCCCUCUCUCAAUGCUGUUCGUACCAAAGUCUCAGCUGUCAACUCGCCAUAUCCACAAACAAGUCAGUCAAACGAUGUUUUCCUUCAAGGAAGUACCGCAGGCUACGUUGACGAAAUGUAUCAAGCUUGGUUGAAAGAUCCGAAUUCGGUGCAUUUAUCGUGGCAAGUGUAUUUUCGAAAUAUGCAAGCUGGUGUAAAUCCACUAGAAGCUUUUCAACCACCACCUACUCUAGUUCACAUUACCACUGGUAUUGGGGCGGGAUUAACUCCCAGCUCACAGACAUUUAAUGUCACAGAUCAUAUGAAAGUGCAGCUAAUAGUCAGAGCUUAUCAAGUGCGUGGACAUCAAAUUGCUCAACUGGAUCCUCUUGGAAUUAUGCAUGCUGAUCUCGAUCCUUCCAUACCUUCCGAGCUUGAUCCUUCAUAUUAUGGUUUUACCGAACGAGAUCUCGAUAGAGUAUUCACAUUGGGUCCGGGUAUCUUGCCUGGUUUUAUGGAAUCAACCCCCAAAAUGACUCUUCGAGAAAUCGUUGAGCAUUGCAAAAAAACUUACUGCAAAACAAUCGGUAUAGAAUAUAUUCAUAUUGUGGAUCGCGUGCAAUGCGAUUGGAUUCGUUCGAGAAUGGAAAUUGAAAAACCGUUUGAUUAUUCGAAAGAAGAAAAACACAUGAUUCUUGAUCGUCUAAUUUGGAGUGAUUCAUUCGAGCGCUUCGUUGCAACAAAAUAUCCAAAUGAGAAAAGAUUUGGUCUCGAAGGAUGUGAAAGUUUAAUUCCCGGUAUGAAAGCUUUGGUAAGCCAUAUGAAAUAA